GAGGGACGAGUGUCGCGGCAGGUGCAAUUCUCAAAAGCUAGACUAGCUAGAUUUGUAUGUACGAGGUCGCACGUUGAUGUCGGUCUGUCCGAAGGAACGGUGAUUUGAAAAUUCGCUAUAUUUACACGACGAUUCCUGGAACGAACCAAAAAAAAAUUGUAUUCCACAACAGCAGCUUGUACCAAUCGACUUUACGGCGAGCAGAACUGUAACGACUGGGAAAAUGGCUGUACCGUCAGAGAACGUCAUGAAUACAAACCUCGACGAUCCUGUAACAAAGGCAGUGGUCGAUAAUAUAAUGGGUAACCUGCCUACAAAAAAACCUCUCGUUCGAUGCGAAGACUGUGACCUUUCCUUUACAAGUCAGGCAGUAUUAGAUACACACUUACAGGGUGCACGUCAUGCCAAACAAGUAAGAUCUAAGAAUAUAAUGGCAACUCUUGAGGAAACAAAGAUCUCAUUUACCAAGGAUGAAGAGACAAACGGGCUCAAAUGCAAUGUAUGUAACGUGUGCCUGAAUUCAAUUCAACAAUUACAAACGCAUCUCAAUGGAAGCCGCCAUAAAAAAAAAUUAAUGAGAGGUAAUAAUAAAUCUUAUAUGGUAAGAAAAACACUGCCAUAUGGCCUUAAAACUAAUCGCUUCAUGUACCUGGAUAAAAUAGAGAAAAAUACAGUUGUAUUAGUUUAUAGUUUAGUAUUGUUCGCAUUCGCAUGCUUGACGCUAUUGCUUACUUUUGCUUUUCACUUUGUGACGCCUACUGGUACUAAAUUGUCUGUUGCCAGGAAAAAUGACUACCUUAAAUGCGAUAUAUGUAACAAAUUCUUCAACUCUGGAUCUCAAUAUAGUGUGCAUAUGAAUUCGGAGAAACAUGCUGACAAAGUGAGGAGAUCGUUUAAAGAUCCAAAUAAAUCCAAAGCAUUUGUUCCAUAUUGGAGAAGACCAAAACACCCAAGAAAUACGACACCCAAGCAACAGAUACCAUCUCUGUCACUCAGCUUUGUAUCUGGCAAUUUUACAUAUCCGCAAUAAGUUACAUAAUUUGCACGUC